CUCCUGCGCACCGUCCUGGGGGUGAACGCCGAAACCGGCAUCGGCACCGCUUAUGAGGGGUUCCUGUCGGUGCCUCGGCCCUCGGGGGUGCGCCGAGGCUGGCAGCGGGUGUUCGCCACGCUCAGCGACCUCCGCCUCCUGCUGUACGACGCCCCCGACCCAAAGCUCUCCCCGGCGAGCAACGCCCUCAUCCAGACGCUGGACUUGAGGGAUCCCCAGUUCUCAGCCGCCCCGGUCCUGGCAUCCGACGUCAUCCACGCACAGUCCAGGGACCUCCCCCGCAUUUUCAGGGUCACGGCCUCCCAGCUGACGGUGCCCCCGACCCUGUGCUCUCUGCUGCUGCUGGCGGACAACGAGGCGGAGAGGGCCCGCUGGCUUCAGGUCCUGGGGGAGCUGCACCGGCUCCUGAUGGACCUGCGGCCCCGGCCCCUGCCCAUCUACACCCUGAAGGAGGCCUAUGACAACGGGCUGCCCCUGCUGCCCCAUGCCCUGUGCGCGGCCAUCAUCGACCAGGAGCGCCUGGCACUGGGCACGGAGGAAGGACUCUACGUCAUCCACCUGCACACCAAUGACAUCUUCCACGUGGGCGAGUGUAAGCGGGUCCAGCGCCUGGCAGUCAUCCAGCCCACAGGGCUCCUGGCCGUACUGUGCGGCCGCGGCCCCAGCGUCCGCCUUUUUGCCCUGGAUGAGCUAGAGAGCUGCGAGGCGGCCGGGGCCAAGAUCGCCGAGUCAAGGGGCUGUCAGAGCCUGGCAGCGGGCCGGGUCUUGCAGGCCAGCACCCCCGUGCUUUGUGUGGCCGUCAAGAGGCAGGUCCUGUGCUACCAGCUGGGGCCUGGCCCCGGGCCCUGGCACCGGCGUAUCCGAGAACUGCAGGUGGCCGGGCCAGUGCAGAGCCUGGCACUGGUGGGUGACCGGCUGUGUGUUGGGGCAGCCGGGGCCUUCGCCCUCUACCCACUGCUCAAUGAGGCGGCCCCUCUGGUGCUGGGGCCUGGGCUGGCCGCGGAAGGGCCGGGCCCCACUGAGGCACUGGGCGCCGUCGAGCUCAGCCUCAGUGAGUUCCUGCUGCUCCUCUCCACGGCGGGCAUCUACGUGGACAGGACAGGGAAGAAGUCCAGAAGCCAGGAGCUGCUCUGGCCUGCCACCCCCGUAGGCUGGGGUGAGUCAGGGGCACCAGGGCCAGAGCGAGCAGGGGCUGAAGGGUGGGCCUCCUGGAGCUUGGGGACCAGCAGAGAGAGCACUAGGUCUGGAGUUCCAGUCCUACCUUAUUCCUCUGCCAAAUGGGCACGAUAA